AUGGGUGGCCGCAAGCGAUUCCGCGGAACGACCUCGGUGUACACCAACUCAUCCAGCAUGACAAGCCAGACUGCACACCCAGGGGAGUACACUGCCUCAUCAGCCAUGUUCGAGGCGCUGUGGGCCGCCGGUGUACGGUAUUGCUUUGUAAAUCUAGGAUCUGAUCAUCCUGCAAUCAUGGAAGCAAUGGUCAAAGGCCAGCAGGAGAGACCGGACAGGUUCCCUAAAUUCAUCACUUGCCCUAGCGAAAUGGUCGCACUCUCGAUGGCAGAUGGCUAUGCUCGUGUCACAGGAGAGGCCCAAGCCGUCAUUGUGCACGUCGAUGUUGGCACUCAAGCACUCGGAUGUGCCGUACACAAUGCCAGUGUCGGCCGCGCGCCUGUGCUCAUCUUUGCCGGUCUCUCCCCCUGCACACUGGAAGGUGAAUACCGUGGCAGCAGAACGGAAUUUAUUCACUGGCUUCAAGAUAUCCCCGAUCAAAAAGCAAUUGUCUCCCAAUACUGUCGCUAUACCGCCGAAUUGAAGAAGGGAAAGAAUAUCAAACAGAUGGUGAACCGAGCUUUGAGCUUCGCGAGUAGCGAGCCUCGAGGUCCAGUCUAUCUACAAGGAACUCGAGAGGUUAUGGAAGAGAUCAUCGAGCCCUAUGAGAUCCGACAGGAUUUUUGGAGCCCCGUGGAGCUUGGUGGUUUGACACCGAAGCAACUUAACCUGGUUGCCGAAGCCUUGGUGUCUGCUCGAGAGCCUCUCGUCGUCACGGGCUAUAGCGGACGUGAUACCGCUGUGGUACCCUUGCUGGUUGAGUUAGCAAAUAUUGUCAAGGGCUUGAGGGUUCUCGACACUAUGGGCUCGGAUCUCUGCUUCCCUGCCGACCACCCUGGCUGGCUGAGCGUGAGAUAUGGAUCGGAUGAGGCCAUCACCACAGCCGACGUGAUACUCGUCGUCGAUUGCGAUGUACCAUGGAUCAACACGCAGUGCAAACCAGCCGACGACGCCAAGAUCUUCCAUUUUGAUGUUGACCCUUUGAAAGACCAGAUGCCUGUCUUUUAUAUCGACGCGGUCCUGCGUUGUCGCGUCAAUACCAAGUUUGCUCUUGACCAAAUUGUCCAACACUUAAAAACCAACCUUUCCGAUCACCUCAUGGCAAAUAAUGAGCACUACACAAACCGAUGUUCAGCACUCCAGGAAUCAUACACUCGAAAGUUAAAUGCCAUAGCCGCACAGGCCGAGCCAAUCCCAGACGGCUCAUUUGGAUGCGGCUUUCUCAUAUCAAAGCUUCGGAAGGCGUGUCCAAUCGAUACCAUCUGGGUCAUCGAAGCCGUCACCAACACUUUCACUGUGGCGGAUCAAUUGCAAGCAACAUUGCCAGGAACCGUGUUUAGCUCGGGUGCAGGUGGACUUGGCUGGUCUGGCGGCGCAGCUCUUGGUAUAAAGAUGGCCACAGAUACCCGCCACGGAGGGAAAGGCAAGUUUGUGUGCCAAAUCAUCGGCGAUGGUUGUUUUCUCUUCUCCAUCCCUGCCAGUGUGUACUGGAUUGCGCAGAGGUACGAGAUUCCAGUGCUGACUAUAGUGCUCAAUAACAACGGGUGGAACGCGCCUCGGAAGUCUUUGCUUCUUGUUCACCCUGAUGGAUUGGGGUCCCAGGUCAGUAACAAGGAGCUGAACAUAUCAUUCGAUCCAAAUCCGGAUUACGCAACUAUUGCACAGGGUGCAUCGGGAGGUAAAUGUUGGUCGGGCCGAGCCAGCACCGUCCGGGAGCUGGCAACGAAGUUGCCCGAAGCCGUGGAGGCUGUACAGAAUGGCUGCUCUGCUUUGUUGGAUGCGCGGAUACAGUAG